GUGCUCUCUCGCUCGUCCCCAUAUUAUCGCAACUACCCCGCCCUGCCCCGUACGCAAGCAUAAGCUUCAUCUGUUACCCCGCCUGCGUUCGAUCAGUUCCCUCGUGGUGUGCAACCAUGGCCGUGUCGGAGUUGGCGGUCGACGGCGUCGUCUUCCCUCCGGUGGCACGCCCGCCGGGCUCCGCCCGCCCGCACUUCCUCGCCGGCGCAGGUGUGCGAGGGUUGGAGAUCGGCGGCAACUUCAUCAAGUUCACCGCCAUCGGCGUGUACUUAGAGGAGGACGCGGCCGUGUCCGCGCUGGCGAAGAAGUGGGCAGGGAAGUCCGCCGACGAGCUCGCCUCCGACGUCGCCUUCUUCCGCGACGUCGUCACGGGCGACUUCGAGAAGUUCACGCGGGUGACGAUGAUCCUGCCGCUGACGGGCGAGCAGUACUCGGACAAGGUGACGGAGAACUGCGUGGCGUACUGGAAGGCCACCGGCGUGUACACGGACGCCGAGGGCGCCGCCGUGGACAAGUUCAAGGAGGCGUUCAAGCCGGAGACGUUCCCGCCGGGCGCGUCCAUCCUCUUCACCCACUCGCCCGCCGGAGUCCUCACCGUCGCGUUCUCCAAGGACUCGUCGGUGCCGGAGGCCGGCGGCGUCGCGAUCGAGAACAGGCCCCUCUGCGAGGCCGUCCUGGAGUCCAUCAUCGGGAAGCACGGCGUCUCGCCGGCCGCGAAGCUGAGCAUCGCGGCCAGGGUGUCGGAGCUCCUCAAUGGGGCCGAGACCAGCCCGGCCGGCGACGCGCAGCAGGCGGAGCCCGUCCCGGUCUCCGCGUGAGCGGACAGCGCGCGA